AUGGCGACCUCAACACCUAUCCCCGUUCUCACAAUCUCCCUUGCUCGUUAUCUCCACGGGUACGGAGCAGUGGAAAGUCUCGCCGAGCAAUGGUCCGAGACCAAAGUCCCUGCCUCAACAUCAUCGCGCUUCACCAACAUCGGCUUUGACCUCGACGAGAAGGGCGGAAACCUUGGCGAACUUGAAUCACUACUCAAAGAGAGGGAGUGGAGCGGAAUAAUCGUCGGAUGGUGCUCUCGUGGCGCUAUCGAGUUCACGGAACUAUUCGAGUCAAUCGUUACUAUCUGCGUUGACUACAUCGUCGAAACGAAGAAGGGGGAUACCUCUCAGAAGGAACCCAAGCUGAUCUUCUGUCGCGGACCGGAUGACUUUGUCAACGCGACGCUACGCAAUUUUCCCAACUAA